AUGCCUUGCGGAGUCUGUCUUGAUCUCAACUUUGAGUUGGCAUCUAGUACACUAGAAGAUACGCGAACCCUGAAAGCAAAUACUUCGUCUCACAAGAACCUCACCACAAGGUUGCUCAAAGCCGCGAAAUUGAAGAGUGCCGCACACCGCGGCUGCCUCAAAUGUGAUGCCAUUUUCAAAGCUCUUACCCACUUUGGGGUUGACGUCAAUGAUCAGUCUCUCGUUCUUAUGCGCUUGUCAACGCCGCGCGAAUGUGUCUUGCUCAUACCUUCAGAGUCGUUGACCAUUCAGCUCUACACACCGGCUGGAGAGCCCCCUGCCUGGCAAGGUAUUACACAAUGCAAUGCGCUGAGCGCUUCUGCCGGUUCGCCGGAGGCGUACGACUUUAUCCGUUGCUGCAUUGAUAGAUGUGACAACUAUCAUGCACCUUGCAAACGAGGCAUGCCAUAUCUACCCACACGGGUUAUUGAUGUCGGCCAGCAACACGAUGUCCAAGUGCGUCUAGUUGAGAACAUGCCAGGUUCCACGGGUCCUUACAUCGCCCUCAGUUACUGCUGGGGAAGGACGCCUGCCGUCACAAUGGAGACAAGUAAUUUGCACUCCAUGAAGCAGGGCAUCAAGUUGUCCGUCUUGCCUCGUACCAUCCAGGAUGCAAUCACCGUCACUCGCAUUCUGGGUAUUCAGUACAUCUGGAUUGAUGCCCUCUGUAUUAUACAAGACUCGGCAAGCGACUGGGAAAUCGAGUCCUCCAGGAUGGCUUCGGUUUAUCAAAAUGCGUACUUGACGUUGGCAGCAGCCACCGCGGCCGCGGGGUCUGAAGGCUUUCUCCACCAUAAUCAUCUGUCGGCAGACUAUCCGCCAUCUUUCAAGAUGAACUGGUGCAAUGAACAAGGCGAGCUGUCUACCCUUGGCUUUCGGCAGAUACCCGAUGGAGAAAUCCACGAGGAGAUAGCCUUUGACCCGCUGAGCCUUCGCGCGUGGACCUUACAGGAAAGACUCCUGUCUAGAAGAGUAUUAACGUACUCUGAGAACGAGUUGGAGUGGCACUGCCUUACGCAAAAGACGUGCGAGUGUCAAUCCAUGGACAAGUUCGGUUCUUCAGUCUACUUGGCGUCGGUAAUGGCCAUCAAGGAGCCGAAAGAGGCCUUCCUCAAAUGGCACCAGCUUCUCGCUGACUACUGCACACGGGCCAUCACGUUUACACAGGAUAAACUUCCAGCUCUGUCCGGGAUUGCCAAGGUUAUUCAAGAUAACACCGGCUCCGGAUAUAUUGCCGGGCUGUGGCAAGACAAUCUAUUGGUGGACCUGACUUGGACCGUUCCCAGCGGCAAAGAUGAAGUGUGUGCCCUUCCCGAGUACCGGGCACCGACUUUCUCCUGGGCUUCAGUCGAGUCGGCCAUCUCUUUCAGGAUCGACCCACACAAGCCAUGGACUCCUGGAGUGACUAUCGUAGGCGUUAAAUCAGAAGCCCUGGGCAAAAAUCCUCUAGGUCGAGUGCGUAGCGCAGAAAUGGAGCUUCGUGGGUGUCUCUUCGAAGCAUCCCUUGUCUACAGCCCAGGAAUCACAAAGCGGUAUUUCGCGCUGUGGAACAACGAAAGUAUUCAGUUCUUGGCAGACACACAACUAGAAGAGUUUAACACGGUUCGAGACGACGGCCAGUCGAUACUGUCAGUCCGCAGGUCACCGUUAGGUUCAAUCGCCCAGCCUGCGCAGACAGGGGCUUCAAUCUUUCUUCUUUACUAUGGCAAGACACACCAGGAGACAGGCAGUGUCACGACAUGGAAUUUUCUCGUCCUGGGACGAUCAACAUCAAAGCUUGGUUGUUUUGAACGGCUGGGAUGGGCGUUCUCUGAUGGCUUUGCAGGACAUGCGGAGACUGCAGCGCAGACAACAGUGACCAUAUUGUGA